GCUAACUACUCCACUUUGGUAUGUCUAUAAGAUAUGAUGCUUAGUCAACCGGAAAAUGCACUUGAAAAGAACUAAAAAAAAAAUAAACAUGAAAUUCGCCAAAAGCCAAAAGAGGAUGAUCACAAUCAUUCUUCUCUGCCUUUUGGUUACAUCAUCUUCAGAGACUGCUCCACAAACCCAAUUGGCCGCACCACUAGAACCAACAGGAGAAGUCACCAAUUCACCAACAAAGCCACUAGGUUUUCCAGCUGAGAACCAGAACCAACCAAUUCUUGGUCAACCAUCUUCUGCUUCUUCUGUAAACCAGCCUUUAACCGGAAUAAAUCAGCCAUUAACCGGAUUUAAUCAGCCAUCAUCAACUGGACUCAACCAACCGAUUCUUGGUCAACCAUCUUCUUCUUCCUUAAACCAGCCUUUAACCGGGUUUAAUCAGCCAUCAUCAACUGGAUUUAACCAACCAAUUUCUUCUUCAUCUUCUAAUUCUGCUCUCAACCAGCCAUUUGGGAAUCGAAUCAACCAAAACAGUCUCUCCGGAAGCAACGUUCCAUUUCUUAAUGGAAGCUCGAAGCUGGAAGUUUCCAUUACAAAGUUUGUCUUCAUCUGGAUUGCUCUUCUCCUUGCUUUGCACGGUACAGACAGGAACUGAACCAAACUUAUACAUCAUGUGGCACUUCUGUAUAAUUUGGUUUUCAUGAUAUUUGUUCUAUAACUUGUCUAUUUUUGCUCAUUUUGGAUUCUACUGAAAUGUUUGUUCUAUAAAGUGAGUAGUGUGUUAUGUGUACAUUACUACUGAAUGUUUUUUACCUUUUUGUUAUUUGAUCAGUGUUCGGUUUCAUGUCCAGGUGUGGUUCACUUUGAUUUAGUUUUCCGUUUUCUAGCAUAUGGUAUUAUGGAGUAAAUGAAGAAAACUGAAACAACAUAUGAUCCACUUUUAACUUCAACUCAAAUUAAAUAUGAUCACAUUUUUUAAACUUUAAAUUAAGACUAGUGGGUCUUCUCAAGUUGUAUAAAAAUGUACCUUUUAUUUCUAACUAUCUAUCCUAUACUAAAAGCUGAAUACUAAGUGUUUUUAGCCUGUCCACGUAGGAUGGGAAAUUCCAGCCAAUCAGAUUGCAGGUUUGGUCCAUGUCAUUACGAAUUAAUAUGUUUUGGGCUUUUGUUGUUUAUUUUUUAAAUCAUAGAGUAAAAAAUGGGCCUAAACCCUGAGUUCCACCGUUUGUUAAAGACCAAGAACAUAAGGACUGGCCGCAACACGAAAGUCCGAACAUGAAACGAUUGUAAUUAAGCUUUUCCAUUAAUUUCUAUACCAACUCCUUCCUUUACGUUACAUUUAAUUUCCUCUUUUUCUACCUAAAAAAAACUUCAGAGAUAUCUACACUAUAAAUAAUGAGGAUGAUGUGAUCAAAUCUCUUCCAUUCAAUUAACCUGCAACAAUAUUGACCUCUCAUCUCCUCUCCUACUGACAGAUUUGAUGUCCGGUUGUUCUCCGCAGACGCAGACGGUGGUCAUGCUCUUGAUUAAUGAAAAGUUUGUCCUCCUUAUCUUACCUUUUGUUUCUUUAUCAGUGGGUUUGAUGUCAAUCUUUGUUGUUGGUGAAAGAAUUGUUCAUAUGAAUGAGUUCUUUUUGUAUGAUUUAUUUUUAACUGUGACUAUAGGUUGUUGCAAUUUAAAAAUUUCACUGGCUCAGCUUUAAUUGGAAUGUUCACUGAUAUUCAUGUAUUUUUCUUUUAUAAUUGUUUCUUGCAAGAUCCAACUCAGUCACACUGAUAUUUUUUUAUUAUUAUUUUUUCUAUUACUUGAACUUUAAAGAAGAUGUGAAACGUACUGCAUUAGGAAGAGAUAAACUUUUUAAAAGAAAAAGACAUAUCAAAAUUAUAUCACAACAAGAAACUACGAAGUUACAAAACUAAAAGGAUAAACUGACACAACAUAAGCUAAACAUGUAUCUAACAAAACAUAAGUAAAGACCAGAGAAAAGAAAACACAUAAAUAGAAAAAAAUACAACAAUAACAAAAAGUUGAGUAUUAUUAACCAUAUAAAAAACGAUUGAAAACAUAUAAAAGGUAAAACACACAUCAUGUAAGGAAUAAACCUCGAAAAUAGAAAGGUAUAAUUGAAGAUAGAGAUAAGCUUAUACAGUAAAAAUUCUACAAAUUAAGGAUGUUGAGAUUAUGGUAUUUUAUUAUUUUAUAGAGUUACUAAUUUUGUAUAAAUUUCAUUUUAGAUUUUUUGUUUUACAAGAUGUGUUUUGUAUAAAUUAAAAAAUAUUGAUUUUACCAUAUAUGCAUUAAUUAAAUUUCUUUGAUGUAUAUAAAAUAUGUUUUAAAAGUGGUAUAAGUAAAAUUUCUCCUUUAUAGAAUUUAAAUGUAGUUUACAUUAAAUUUUAUUAAAUAUUAUCAAAAUAUAUUGAAGUGUUAAGAAAAGUAAAGAUGAAUUACAUUGUGAAUAUAAAACAUAUAAUAUAAUGUUUUAUUAUACUUAUAUAAAUAUUAUGUAUAUAAAUAAUUAAUUUAUGAUUUUAAUGAACUAUAUAUUUACAAAAAAAAUUCAAAACUUUUAUUAUUUAUUAUUUUAUCAGUUUAUGUCGUAUUUUAAAUCGAUUCAAUUUGAAAACAAAAAAUAUUAUAGUGUUUAUUAAUUUAUUGAUUAUUAAUUUAUAGAUUUUCUACUGUAUUUAAAUAUACAAUAGAAAAAUAUGCAUUCGAAAAUGAAAUUUAAUAAAUAUAUUUUAUUGUAGGUCCAUAUUUGUGCGGCAGACUAUAUAUGAUGAGAAACAAAUACUUUCAUAAAAUUAUUUGCCAUUAAAAAGUGGAAAGAAAAUUAUGUUGGUAACAAAUAUUAGUCCUAAAAUAAUAAUGACUAGGAAAAAACAUUACUUAACCAUAUCUAAUAUAGUUCAAUAACUAAUUAAAAACAAUGUAGAAAAUUAGUUAUAGCCUAAACACCAAUAAUAAGAUUUUACUUUAAUAAAUCCAUCAAUAUUACUCAAAAUUUUAAAUAAGAAUUACCAAAAAAUAGAAAAUAAUAUAAUAUGCAGUCAAUGAAAAUUAAAGACUUGGAUGAAAAAAUCACGUCAGAGUAAUUUUGCAUUUGGAAUGUUAGUAAUGCUACUCAUUUUCUGUUUUGAGAAUUGUAUAGCUAUUGUAUAACUCUCUAAACCUAGAAAAAGAUGAAAAUCAUUUAAUAAAAAUUUAUAAAAAUAAUCUCAAACAAAAGAAUACACAUAAUAAUAAAAACAAAAAGUAACAAAUGUAAAAAAUAUAAAUCCAUUGUAUAUCUUUAAACCUUGAAAUAAAACAAAAAUGAUGAAAAUUAUUUAUUAAAAAAAUAUAAAAAUAAUCUCAAACAAAUUACAUAUUAAUCGACAGUCGGAAGCCACAGCUUCUACUGCUUGUGCCCAUGACCGGCUUGCAGCAGACCUAAACAUAAUAAAGGUAUUUUUAAUUAAAAUUAGAACUUUUCACUUCCACAAUUUUUUAAAGCUUUUCUGAUAAAUUAUUCUAUUCACAGAUUUACAAUGCCCAACAUAUCCACCAAACGAUGGUACAAUCAAAUAAGGACUUACACAGAGUCUCUACCCAGUUAUACAAGUAUGUAUCUUUUUUAUAUAAAUAACUAUGGUUUGGUAUAUAAUAUAAUUUAAGUUAACUAAUUUAAUUUUUACCAAUUUUAGGCUAUUUCUUUUUAUGGUCCACAUCAAACCUUACGUUCUUCAAAAGACUUGAUCUCCUUUUUAUAUUACUUAUGAUUAGUUAAACUACUCUUUUUUGUUUUUAAACAAUUGCAUAAACUUGAUAUUCACCAUUUUUUCAUCAUUUUGGAAAAUACAAUGUUCCCAUUAAGCUACUCUUUUUGUUUUUAAACAAUUGCAUAAAUUUGAUAUUCACCAAUUUUUCCAUCAUUUUGGAAAAUACAAUGCUUCCAUUCAAAACAAAAAAAAUGAAACUUAUAAUCAGAAAAUUAACUAUCAACACACUUUUCCGCGCGUAGCGCGGACAAAGACUCUAGUUAAAGUAAAAUGCUCAUUUAAAACUCAUACAGUGAUGCUUAAGCUUUACCUUGCCAAUAAAAUUAUCUUAUCUGGAGAGAAGGAGAAGAUUAAACCCGAGGUAUAACGUUUUAGAGUAGAAUAAUCGGUCAUUCGCUUUUGUUUUUUUGGUAUAGUGAUGUUUUCUGAUUUUCAACACCCUCAUUGUUGAAUCCAAGAUUCAACACCGCAUUGUGGGUGGUCUUAGACUACAUACAAUUGUGUAGUUGAAUCUUUUAUUCAACAAUUGAACCAUUGUAAAUGAUAUGAUUUUUAAAAAAAUACAUAUGUGGAUUAAAUGGAGUUGAAAACAUUCAACUAGUUGAAUACUCAGAAAUGUAGGACAUUGAUGAUACGUGUUGCUUUUUAAAUAUUUUUGAUAUUUUCAUAUUUUCUAAUUAUUUAAAUUUAAUAAUUUUAUUAUAAUAAAAUAAUAAAAUAAAUAAUCAUAUUAUUAAGAAUGAAUUGACCCAAUAUACCUAGAAUAAGCUCAUAUUAACAAAGUAUACAUGAAGUGACAAUAUCAGUCAACGCCAUACCUCUUUGGCAGUGAACGAACGAAUUUGCCCUCAACGUGAUGGAGAUAUAGCAGGUUUGUACUCUGCUGCAGCAGGUAGCCGAAAAAUGUGCCAGGCGAGUAGCGUGGCAUUCGAGGUCGUAGGUUGCCAGCUGUUCACUUCUCCUCCACAUUCAUACCGGAUUUAGAUAAAUAUAACUUAUGAAGAGAAACUAAUAGAGAAAAAUAAUUAACAAUAUAAUUAUAACAAUAUAAAAAGGAUUACUAGAAAUGAGUUAGUCAUAAAUUUUUGGCGAAAUAUAGUUAUAACAACGCGUAAAGGUUUCGCUAAUGUAAAUUGUAACCGCUAAGACAUAGUGUUAUGUAUGAUCUAACAUAGCAUGUACCAGAUAACAAAUUAUAUAUCAGCUAACAUAACAUGUAUCAGAUAACAAAAUCAUCUAUCGAUUUUUUAUGUCAAAUUAUAUAUCAGGUAACAGAACAUGUACCAGAUAACAAAUAUUUUAUCAGAUAAAAACAAGUCUAUAUAGCUGGUAACACAACAUAUACCAAGAUAACAAAUAUUUUAUCAGAUAACAACAAAUCUAAGUACCAUGUAACAAAAUAAUUUAUCAAAUAACAAAUAAUUUAUAAAAAGUGUAUCAACUAGUAAAUCAUGUAUCUACCAAUUUAUUAAGCAACAAACCAUGUAUGAAAAAAUGUAUACUAGAAUCGGACUAAUAAACAAACAUAUUUUGGAAUUACUAACAUGAUUUAUUUGCCUAAUGUUUACGUUUUUUCAGAAAAAAUAGAAGAGUUAAAUCAAUUGGUUUAUUUGCUGGAUAAAGACAUGAUUUCUGAUUCCUACACUGACACUUAAUAGACAGUGCACAUGAAUCAAGUUAUAGGCUAGAGGAACAAAAUUGUAAACGAAAUUAUUUUGGUCACCAUCAUGGUAGAUUGCAAAUUAUGGUUAAGAGUGGGUAUAGAGACGCCAAUUAUCUUUAUUAUUAAUUAAAUAAAUAUUUUUUUAUUUAUUAUAUGGAAAUUUAUUACUUUGAAUUCUUUAUAAAUAGAAAUUAAGUUUAUUAAUUUGAAUACAGAAAAAUUAAUCAUUAAUUAGUAAAAUAAGGUGUUGAAUUUUAUUAAACAAAACCAUUGUAUUGUGUAAAAUUAAAUGUGUGUUCAAUGAUGAUGUGAAAAAAAUAAACGAUGCAGAAUGUUAAAAUAUAUAAAAAAAAGGUGUUGAAUGUUGAGACCAUUGUACAUGAUAAAAAAAUGAU